UGCGUGCGUGCGUGUGUCAACUAGUUGUUAGCUAUAGCUAGCCCUCCAGUUAGCCAGCUGAAACAUUGUAACACAAGAAACAGCCCGAAUGCUGAAUGGUUAACCAUGAGAGGGGACUGCUGCUCCCGCUGUGUGUCUGUCACCCACUAAUGCCAAAGAAGAUGGAGGACUUUGAGAAAAACACGAUAAGUUAGCCAGCGCAGACUGAAAGUGAAGCUUCAGUUUUUCCUCGCUAGCAUCCUGAGAAGGAGAGCUCUGAGAUUUUUGGACUGGAUGCGGAAGGAGGAUAUGAGGCGAGCUGGACAGCUAAUGCUAACUAUGAAUGUUCUUUCAUACAUUCAGUGGGUUACCAAUGUGCCAAAAAGUCACUUUCCUGACUACCCAGCAAGGAUUAGGCUAGUGUGUGGCAGCAUCUGUGCGAGGGAGCACAUACUGGCUCAGGAAUAUGCAAGGACUGUUGACCUCAACUAAAAUCUGUCUAACCAAGACCAGAAACUAUUGCACUUGAUGAAACAGUCUUGGUCAACCUGCCAUCCCCAAUGGAAGUGCCAUCGUAGACACAAGAUACCGUGGCUCAAACUGCUGCACGGUUUUCAGAGCUACAGCCUUGUGAGAAGUGUUUCACCAUUUGGUUGAAUCUGGCUGUGGAGAUGGGUUCCCAAGCUCUGCAGAUAUUGCGACAGGGUGUGUGGGCUUCACUCACAGGAGGAUGGUAUGUGGACCCUCAUCAGAGCACAUUCUCCAACUGCUUCCACCUCUAUCUUUGGAUAUUUCUCCUGGCCUUCCCCUUUCUUCUGUACAUGGCUCUUCCCCCUAGUCUGGUGGUGGCAGGUGUGUACUCCGCAGUGGUGGCUGUCUUUUUCACAGCCAUUAAGGUGGUAAACUACCGGCUCCAUGCUAUGUUCGACCUUGGUGAGAUUGUAGAGAAGAAACAGGCCUCACUCACGGCCGAAGCGCCGAGGACAGAAGAAGGAGAUGAUGGUUCAGGUGCUCAUGAUGGGAACCAGCACAGGGAUAGUCAUGUCGGUGUAGAGAUGACUGUCUUUCGGAAGGUCAACUCAACCCCACCGGUACGCUGCAGCUCCCAGCACUCGCUGUUUGGAUUGAACCAGGUGUCGGAAUUUUUGCCCCAGCUGGAAGAUACAGGAGAAACUAAAGAUAUCAAAGAGCUAAUGCGAGAGCAAGGAAGCAAUAAUGUGAUCGUUACAUCAGCUCACCGUGACAUCCUACGUCAGACGUCACAGGACGCCAUCAGGGCUCCCAGCAUGGUUCAGUCCUGCAUUGCCGCUGUUCUUGGAAGUGAUUUCCCAGGUCUCAUGGGGGUAUCUGGAGUGUCAUCUGGAUUUGAAGAACCCGGAGAAUGCUUGUCUAUUCCCCCUUCACCCUCAAGUCAAGAAGACGGAGGCGAGAAAGAGCAGUUGCAGGAAGUGGAGGAAUUACCCGAGCAACUGUCUCAUCAAAGUCGUGAGGACAAAGGCCUGGGGGCUUAUUCUCCCCUUGGCCCCUCGGCUGAAUCCGAGAGCUUGGGAGACACACCCCUUAGCCCCCUUAUAAAGAGCAGCUUGAGUGAGGAGUUGAGUGAAAAUCUCCUGGGUUUAGGCCUCGACCCUGUGGCGUUUGCACCGGGGACCGAGCACCCAGGCAGCCGCAGCGGGGUGGCACUGGCUGCCGGAUCCACGGACAGUUGUUUCAGUGCAGGUGGAGCCACGACAGACCGCGAGACGCUGAGCACUGUUAGCAGCUACCGCAGUGAAAAGACUGACUCCACUCAGCUGGAAAGUCCCUCCUUCGGCCAGGCGCGGCCCACCGACGGACAGGCGUCGGCCUCAGCGCCAGCUAUAGGUUCUAACAUCUUGAAGCCCUCAGAGGAUCCAGGAGGACAGGGUGGCAGUGAUACUGACAAUCUGUCAGACAGUGUGCUACUGCGCUCCCCUUCCAAAGAAUUCUCCCUCAGCCAGGGGCUUGAUAGGACACUUGUUGAAGGAGAGGAUUUGCCCCCCCUCUCUGAUAUUGCACAGCCCCCUCCUCUCCAAAACUCCUCACCAUCAAGUAGUGGUCAUUCAGAGGUUUGUGAGCUGGACAGAAAUGUCCCAGUUCCUCCUCUGCCCCCACCUCGGCAGGCAAAUUCAGUGUCCUCAGGGCUGGCCCUGAGUCUGGUUUGCUCUGAACCUGCUCUACCCAUAUCUUCUACCCCCUUCCUACUGUCUGAUCAGCCUGCCUUACAAGCCCAGCAGGUUGUGCGCCCCAAAGACUUGAAGCUGCUGCGGGCCAGCGGCAGUAGCAUGGGUCACAGGCCGGGACGGCGGAAAGCUCCGAGGAGGAGAGCUGGGGCGGGCAGCAGUAGUUUUGACUGUGGCUCUUACAGGCGUCACCACAAUCAUAGGCAACACAGAGAUUACAUCCCCGUGCGCAACCGGUUGGGCGCCAAGGCUUAUAGCGAAAGUUUGUUUGAGGACUCGAGCGAUGAGGACGACGGCAGUGACAUGAGCGCCGGUUCCAGUCUGGGCUCACAGCGCCGAUACAGCUCCGAUGAUGACGACGACGACGAUGACGACUCGAGUUCAUCUACCUCCUGCUACUCCCCCGACCUUGCGAACACUGGCAUUACGUCCCCUCUCCCCCCUGCUGCUCAACUACCCACCCCAAGGGACGGAGACUUACCUGAACCUGCUGGCCCCUCGCAUUCUCGUGUUGCUCAGCGCUCUUCGAGCACAGCGAGCGCUAAGACUCAUGCAAGAGUGCUAAGUAUGGACGGAGCAGGCGGUGGCCAGAGCAACGCAGCGGCUCUGCCCUCCACUCUGCUGGCGAUGCCUUCCACCUCCACCCCUGCACCUCGCACUCUCACCAUCUCGAAGUCGGACCUGGAAGCGCGCACCAUCCAUACUGAUGGCUUCCCUGGAACACAUCAUCGCCUGGACUCUCUCGGAGGGUCUUGGACCGGCAACCAGAUGGGCUGGAGAGCAGGAGAGCUGGUUGAAGAAGGAGCUGUGGGAGGAGCCAUGGCUCCAGAGGACGGGGGCAAACAUGAAUCUGUCAGCAGUGUGAAGAGGACCCAGGCCAUACGCAGGAGACACAAUGCUGGGAGCAACCCUACACCACCUCCAUCAACCAUGGGAUCCCCUCCCAGCCUCCAGGACCUCCAGCGAACUCGGACCUCUUCUCAUUCGCGCACUCGCACACUUCCCUCAGCCUUACAGUUUGCCUCUUCGCUCCUGCUGCCCCGCAGUGGCAUCCACGAGGCCUCCACCUUCGACGACACAUCAGAGGGGGCGGUGCACUAUUUCUAUGAUGAGAGCGGAGUGAAGAGGUCCUACACAUUUGGACCUGCUGGAGGCGGCUACGAGGACCCCGUUCAGGAACGGGAGAGGCAGUCCCAGUCCUCAAGCUUCACCUCCACUGAAGUCCAGGAGGGAGCACCGGUCCUGUCCAUGCUCCAGCCCAGACCAGUGGUUUUACAGGGCAUGCAGGUCCGCAGGGUGCCUCUGGAAAUGCCUGAGUUUGACCUGGAUCACGAAUCUCUACAAGAGUCUCAGGAAAACACUCUGAUGAUCGAGGAGAAAGCCAAACCCAAACAGUACUAUCGCUUUUGGGUGCUACCUGGGAAGUGGCUGAGGGUUCGAUACGAUCGACUGGCUCUUCUUGCCUUAUUGGACAGGAACCGCCGUGUGGGGGAGAACGUGUUUGCUGUGGUGCUGGCCAGCCUGGUGGCCUUCCUGGGGUUCCUACUGCUGCUACAGGGCUUUUUCAGGGACAUCUGGGUCUUCCAGUUCUGCUUGGUCAUUGCUAGCUGCCAGUACUCCCUCCUGAAGAGUGUGCAACCAGAUGCAGCUUCUCCCAUGCAUGGUCACAACUGGAUCAUUGUGUACAGUCGGCCUGUCUACUUCUGCUUGUGCUGUGUCAUGAUCUGGAUCUUUGACCUGUCCGGUCGUGCUGGAAGCCUGCAGCCCUUCUCCCUCUACGGCGUCACCUUUUUUUCCGCACAUUUCUUGAUCUGGGUCAGGGAUAUGCUGAUUGUGUUUGCCUUGUGUUUCCCGGUCAUUUUCCUGUUUGGGUUGCUACCUCAGGUCAAUACUUUUGUGAUGUGUCUGCUGGAGCAGAUCGACAUGCACGUUUUCGGUGGAACCGCCACGACCAGCCCGCUCUCAUCUCUGUUCAGCCUCAUCCGUAGCGUGUUGGUGGCUGCUCUGCUGUAUGGAUUUUGCCUCGGCGCUAUAAAUGCGCCGUGGGGGGAUGCCCAUGUGCCAGUACUGUUCUCUGUGUUUUGUGGCCUCCUCCUGGCCUUAUCCUACCACCUCAGCCGCCAAAGCAGCGAUCCUACCAUCCUGUGGUCGUUGGUUCGGUCUAAAUUAUUCCCAGAACUGGAGAACCGAACACCAGAAGAGCCCCCUGUAGAGAUCAAGGACCCUCUCCCUGAGAAGCUACGCAACUCUGUGAACGAGAUUCUUCAUUCAGACCUCGUCAUGUGUCCCCUCAUGGCUGUGAUAACCUUCGCCAUCAGUGCCAGCACGGUUUUCAUCGCUCUUCAACCCGCUCUGAGCUUUGUCUUGUACAUCCUGGCUGGAGUUGUCGGCUUCAUUACACACUAUCUCCUGCCUCAGCUCCGCAAACAGCUGCCAUGGUUCUGCCUGGCUCACCCUGUGCUCCGCUCCAAAGAGUAUAGUCAGUUUGAAGUCCGAGAUGCUGCUCAGCUGAUGUGGUUUGAGAAGCUGUAUGCGUGGCUUCAGUGUGUGGAGAAAUACUUCAUCUACCCAGCUGUGGUGCUGAACUCCCUGACGACAGAAGCUCGGACUGUGGGCCAAAAUCAUAAAGAGCUGGACAUCUACAGCCGAGCGCUGUUCAUCUCGGUGGCGGGCAUGAAGUUGCUGCGCUCGUCGUUCUGCACCCCGUCGCAGCAGUACGUCACGCUGUGCUUCACCACGCUCUUCUUCCAGUUCGACUACCCGCAUUUCUCGGAGACCUUCCUCAUCGACUACUACUUCAUGUCCAUUCUCUUCAGCAAGAUGUGGGACCUCCUGUAUAAGCUGCGCUUUGUGCUGACUUACAUCGCCCCCUGGCAGAUCACCUGGGGCUCAGCCUUUCAUGCAUUUGCUCAGCCCUUCGCCGUGCCUCAUUCUGCCGUGCUUUUCGUCCAAGCCGUCUUUUCCGCUGUCUUUUCCACACCUCUCAAUCCUGUUCUAGGCAGCGCAGUGUUUGUCACUUCUUACACCCGACCUGUAAAGUUCUGGGAGCGAGAUUACAACACGAAGCGUGUGGAUCAUUCAAACACCAGACUCGCCACCCAAUUAGACCGCAACCCAGGUGCCGAUGACAACAAUUUGAAUUCUAUUUUCUACGAGCACCUGACACGCUCGCUCCAGCACAGCCUGUGCGGAGACCUGCUGCUCGGCCGCUGGGGAAAUUACAGCACAGGCGACUGCUUCAUUCUUGCGUCAGACUACCUCAACGCUUUGGUGCACAUCAUCGAGAUCGGCAACGGCCUGGUCACCUUCCAGCUGAGAGGUCUAGAGUUCAGAGGCACAUACUGUCAGCAGAGGGAGGUGGAGGCGAUCACAGAGGGGGUGGAGGAGGACGAGGGCUGCUGCUGCUGCGAGCCUGGUCAUCUGCCCCACAUGCUGUCGUUCAACGCCGCCUUCGGACAGCGCUGGCUGGCCUGGGAGGUGGCGGCCACCAAGUACGUACUGGAGGGCUACAGCAUCAGCGACAACAAUGCAGCCUCCAUGUUACAAGUGUUCGACCUUCGGAAGAUCCUCAUCACGUAUUACGUCAAGAGCAUCAUCUACUACGUGAGCCGAUCUGCGAAGCUGGAGGAGUGGCUCGCUAACGAGAUGAUUCAGGAGGCUCUUCGACCUUGUCAGGGACCCAACUACGUAGACAGUGACCCCACCUUCAACCUGAACAUCGACGAGGAUUAUGACCACAGGGCCUCGGGCAUCACCCCCUCCUCUUUCUGCAUGAUCUACCUGGACUGGAUUCAGUAUUGCAACAGCAGGCGGCAAACGCCGGUGACCUGUGAAAGAGAUUCUCCUCUGGUCAACCUCUGCUUCGGUUUGUGUAUCCUGGGAAGAAGAGCUUUGGGCACAGCCUCCCACAGCAUGUCUGCAAGCUUGGAGCCGUUUCUCUACGGCCUCCAUGCGCUGUUCAAGGGAGACUUCCGCAUCACGUCUCCCAGGGACGAAUGGGUGUUUGCAGAUAUGGACCUGCUGAAUCGAGUCGUGGCGCCAGGAGUGAGGAUGUCCCUCAAACUGCAUCAGGACCACUUCACAUCUCCCGAUGAGUAUGAAGAUCUGAUGGUUCUGUACGACGCAAUCACUGCCAACGAGGAGAAGAUGUUGAUAUCGCACGAGGGCGACCCCGUGUGGCGCAGCGCUAUUCUGGCCAACAUGCCUUCGCUUCUGGCGCUGCGCCACAUCAUGGAUGACGGCAGCGACGAGUACAAGAUCAUCAUGCUCAACAAGAGGUUCCUCAGCUUCAGAGUUAUCAAGGUUAACAGGGAGUGUGUACGCGGGCUGUGGGCGGGGCAGCAGCAGGAGCUGGUUUUCCUGCGCAACCGCAACCCAGAGCGCGGAAGCAUCCAGAACGCCAAGCAGGCCCUGAGGAACAUGAUCAACUCCUCGUGCGACCAGCCCAUCGGCUACCCCAUCUACGUGUCCCCCCUCACCACGUCGUACGCCGGGGGACACGUCCAGCUGCGCUCUGUGUGGGGCGGGCCGGUCAGCCCGCACAACAUUUACACCUGGCUCAUCAGCAGCUGGGACAGGUUGCAGAAGGGCUGCGGCGCCGGCUGCAACAGUGGAGGAAACAUCGAGGAUUCAGACUGCGGAGGAGGCUCCACCUCCAUCUCCACCAACCCGGCUGUUCACACCACCCAGAGUACCCCCGCCUCCAGCCUCCCCCAGCCUCACAUCACCACUGUCCAGCCCUCACUGGGUACAGACAACCCAGUCGGCCCGACCCAGAGCUGGCCUCACCACCCGCAGCCCCUCCCGUUAGCUCUGCUCAGCCAAUCAGAGGGCAGGAUGGAGGCGGGGCUGCUCACGUCCUUACAGCGGACGUCCUCCAUCCAGGGCCUCCUGGGCCACCAGCUGUCCAGCUCCCAGCUGUCCUUCAGCGGCUCGGUGGCGCCCCCGCCGCUGCCCGGCCCGGAGCGCUUCUGCCCCGCCAGCCUCCUGGAGAACACGGGCCACAGAGCGGGCCAGCGGGCUGGCCUUGCGCAGGGCGGCCUGCACUACGAGAGCCAUUUCGGCAAGUGGAGCUUCUCAGCCAGGAAGGGCUUCAACGGACCGGCCGCCGCAUCCGAGGCGGAGGCAGGACCGGUCCAGACGAUACGCACACAGCCUGCUCCUCCUCCUGCUCCCCUACAAGAGGCCAGUCCAACACAAGAUCCUCUGGGAGCCACUCAGACUCUGGAUCCCGCCCUGCUGUCCACAGGGGAUCCGCCCACUCCCAGAGAGGAAUCCACAGAGCUGCCUUUACUCGAUCACCUGCGCUGAGUCUGCACCAGGGAACAUUUUCUACAGUGAAAGCACACCGCGGUUGAAUGUGGGCCGGACUCAUUCCACCAGCUCCUGGUUUGACCGGCGCAGUGCAACGACAGGGUUCGUGACUGACUCCGCCGGCCCCCCCCUGCAAUACUGGCUGGAUCUGCGUGUGCGUUCAUCACCCCCCCCCC